AGCACUGCCGAGGCUAUUUUUGUCAUUUGAUGAUCCACAACAUUGCAAUUGCCAAAUAUUGCCUCGAGGCGUUAAUGGCCUGUUACAACCGCUAUUCACAAUGACCAAACGCAAAUCAUCGAGCGACUCAACUCAACAAACCCACAAAUCUAAGGACGGUCACGGUGCCAAGAAGUUAAGGAUCUCGCGCUCCAAGGAUUCACGCAGCCGCAGCCCUCUUCCCCUGAAUGUUCAUCAUGAAGGUGCUUCAUCGACCUCGGCGGCUCCAUCUCCCAUGGAAGUGACUAAUACCCAAUCGGAACGUCGGGAUGCACAAGAGUUUGCAAUGCGCAUGCAUCCGCUUGCGGGACCUGUGAUUACUGUGCCGUCUGUUGGACCAAGGCGGAGAAGAGGAUCUUCAUGCCGUCGAGAGUUCCCAGGACACAUAUCUCGAACCCCUCAGAAUAUUUGACAAUGUUAUCAGCAAGAUCGCAGAUUUACAUCCAUAUGCAAAGAUGGCACUGGGCGUGUUGUCUUGCGCAGCCAAAAUUAUUCUAGCUCAAGCGGAUCGCGACGCAGCGGUACUCAAACUUCU